GCAUGCAAUUGCGAUCGCUAUCGGUUUGACAAACAGCAAGAAUUUUAGUUCAGAAAAGCAUCGACAUAAAGGCGAGAAAUUUCAACCGUAAGGCUCUGAAAUGGAAAUUGAGGAUAAACUUACAGAGGAACAGAUUGAAGAAUAUCGAGAUGCGUUCAAGUUUUUCGAUAAAGAUGGCAAUGGUUAUAUAACGACCCGUGAGUUGGGGGCCAUAAUGAGAUCCCUCGGGCAAAACCCCACGGAAACCGAGCUCCAGGAUAUGGUCAAUGAAGUAGAUUAUGACGGAAAUGGUGUGGUGGAUUUUGGCGAGUUUGUGAACAUGAUGAUUAAUCAAAACAACAACACGCUGGACGAGAAGGAGCUCUUGGAAGCAUUCAGAACUUUUGACGGUGACGACAAGGGAUACAUAUUCUCUAACGAGAUUCGUUACGUGAUGCGGCACAUGGGGGAAAGCAUUCCAGAACAAGACAUCAACGAGAUAUUACAAGAUUCUCAGGAAAGUCGGAAACGAAAAAUCACCUUUGAAGAAUUCAUCAAACUGGUAAAACCGGAAGUAUAAACCUACGUUUCAUUUCCGUCACUGGAUGAGUCAACCACUGGUACUGACAGAUAGGCAUGAGUUCAAUUACACAUGUGCACCAGUUUGUUUCGUCAUUUACAAGGUUUUGCAAUGUCUGUUGACUGUGUUUACAGUUGUUGCACCUGAUGAACGUCAAUUUUGUUAAAGGAAAUCAGUGGAUAUGGUCAAGUGAAAUGAUUUGGAGAGGCAAUCAUAAGGGAGAUUAAUUUGGUGAAACUAUAACCUCGUUUUGUGAAAUUCUCUCACAAGCAAAUGAUAUAACAUUACAUUAUUUUUGUUAUUUUCUUAAGUAAAAAUAUUAUUAUCCAAUAUGUGUCAACUUUCUUUUAACUUGAUAUAAUCAAAU